AUGCGAGUCGUCACGUGCGCCGCGCCCACGAACAUCGCCGUCGUCAAGUACUGGGGCAAGCGCGACGUGGCGCUCAACACGCCCCUCAACGCGAGUCUCAGCGUGACGCUGCACGAAGACCAGCUGCGGGCCACGACGUCCAUUGCCAGCGACGCGACGCUGCAGCGCACGCGGCUGUGGCUCAACGGACAGGAGCAGCCGCUCCCCGACCGCGUGGCCACUGUGCUCCAGCAGAUGCAGCAGUGGGCCGAGCGCGUCCGCGGCGCACCGGCCGACGCGACGCGGGCGCUGCACAUCGCGUCCGUCAACUCGUUCCCCACCGCGGCGGGCCUCGCGUCGUCUGCUGCCGGCUACGCGUGUCUCGUGGCCGCGCUGGCCGAGCUCUACGGCCUCUCGACGGCCGACGAGGAGUUCCCGGGGCAGCUCUCGGCCAUCGCGCGGCAGGGCUCGGGGUCGGCCUGCCGGAGUUUGCACGGCGGCUUCGUGGCCUGGCGCGAGGGCCGCCGACCGGACGGCCGCGACUCGAUCGCGGAGCCCGUGGCGGACGCGCGGCACUGGCCCGAGCUGCGCGCGCUCGUGUGCGUCGUGAGCGACCGGCGGAAGGACACGAGCAGCACCGACGGCAUGCAGCGGACCGCCGCCACGAGUCAGCUGCUGACGUACCGCGUGCAGCACGUGGUGGCCGACCGCCUGGCGGCAAUGGAGCGCGCGGUCGCGGCCCGAGACUUUGCCGCGUUCGCGACGCUCACGAUGCGGGACAGCAACCAGUUCCACGCCACGUGCCUCGACUCGAUGCCGCCGCUCUUCUACCUGAACGAGACGUCGCGCGCGCUCAUCCGACUCGUGCACCGCUACAACGAGUGCGCGGGGCGCGUGCAGGCGGCCUACACGUUCGACGCCGGGCCGAACGCAGUGCUCUUUUGCGAGGAGCAGCAUGUGCAGGAGCUCGUGGCGCUCGUGUGCCACUGCUUUGGCCGCUCGUCGUCCCCCGUGCCGAUCGAGAGCUCAGUGACGUUCGACCGCACGCCGGCGCCGGCGCUGCUCGAGCGGAUGCAGUUCCCGUCGGCUGGCGGCGGUGACGGGGCCGUGGAGCGGCUACCGCACGUCCCGGACGGCCUCAAGAGGAUGUACGUGUCCCGUGUCGGCGGCGGCACGCGCGUGUUGGCGGCCGACGAAGCGCUGAUCGACGCAGCGACGGGAGAGCCGCUGCCGUCUCGCACUGCGACGCUUCGCUCCGCCGCCGUCGCAGUGACCAGCGCAGUCCUACUGCGCAAGUAG